UCUCUUUUUCUUCUAUCCUCUCCUCUAUUUCCCCGUCCUCUCCUCUCCUCCCCUCCUGAGUCCCGACGGAGGCAGUGGCGGCAACGGCGCGCGGGAUCUGGUGGGCGGCGGCCAUCCCCGCACGGAUCCGGUGACCGGCCGCCCUCUCCCCUGAGGGAUCCCACUCCCCUCCCCUCUCCUUCCUUCCAUCCCCAAAUCCGGCGAAGGGGAAGGGCAUCGGCGGCGCUACGGCUAGAGGGGAGCACGGAAGCUGGCGGGAGCGCGGAUCCGGCUCCGCUCUCCUCCCCUUCCUUCCCUCCUCAGAUCCGGCGGAGGGGAGGGGCGUCGGCAGCGGUGCGGCCGGAGGGGAGCACGGAUGCCGGCGGCAGGCGCCACGGAGACCGGCGGGAGGGCGGACGGCUGCGCGGAGGCUGCCAUCGACGACGACGAGGGUGGGAGCAGGGUCCUCAGCCGACGAGGACGAUGAGGCGGUGCCACCGGAUUCAUUUUUUUGAAAAAUUUUUGGAUUUUUGUUUUUUCGUGCGCCCGACAUAAGCACCCACACGCGAAAAUCAGAUUUUCGCUUGCGGGUGCGCCACCCGCAUGCAAAAAUCAUGAUUUUCGCAGAUCCUUGGGUGCGUGAGGGCCACCCUCCCGCACGCGAAAAUCACAUUUGACCGCACGGAAAAACCGCUCUUCUAGUACUGUUUCGACAUUAGACAACAUGAAGGUCUUUAUUGAGGAUGGUACAGUUACAAAAACAAAAGAAAGAUAAUAAAGUGUUUAAUUAUUUUGUUCUAGUUAGGAAUUUAUCCCUCCAUCCUAGUUUAAUCAGCUCCUAAGUAAAAGGCACAAUAUUCAUCAUUCUUAAAUUAAUCCUCUUCAGUUAAGGUGCUUCGUCGCUUCGUGUUCCAUGGAUUGCUCAUACUUUAAAUGUUGCAUGUCAUUGUACUAAUAAAAAUUACUCUUGAUUGGUUGCAUGCAACACCUUUAAUGAUGCAUAUUUACUGUUUGCACAAAUAAAUGAAAAUACACUUGUUAGAUGAUGGUCAUUUUGAGAAGACGUAGAAAAACUUAGGGGAUGAUCAAAAUGGCAUGAAUGGAGUAGUGAAUAACGGAUGUAUAAUUGGUUCUUUCCGUGCUUGCAGGAAGAAUGCUCAACACACCUGUUCAGUUGUUAGAGCAACUCCAGAUUACGAUGGAUAUGAAUGGAGAAAGUAUGGGCAGAAGUCAAUUUCUAAAACAAAGCACUCCAGGAAGAAUGCUCAGCACACCGGUUCAGUUGUUACAGCAACUCCAGAUUACGAUGGAUAUGAAUGGAGAAAGUAUGGGCAAAAGUCAAUUUCUAAAACCAAGCACUCCAGGAGUUAUUAUAGAUGCACCAACCAAAAAGGACAAGGUUGUAUGGCAACCAAGACUGUGCAACAAAUAGAGAAUGACAAUAGCAGCAACAGUGUGGUGAAACUCUACAACGUUGAUUACUUUGGCAAACAUACAUGCAAGUUUGGCAAUGACAUGGUGUGUCCAGACAUUGUUGAGACAGAUUCCCCAAAAUACUCUUCCAUCAACGACAAAUAUGCUAGCACAAGGCUGACUAAUCAUUCGGAUGAUCAUCAGCCUAAGAACGAUAUGAAGCCUGAAAAUUUGUUUGCAGUGCCUGACAUGUCUUUAUUCUCGGAGAAUAUGUGGGAUAUCAUAUUUGAAGAUGUAACUAUGAACUCAACAUUCAGUUUGGAGCAGGAGGCCAAGGAUAGCUGGAUCAAACAUCAGCAAGAAAGCACCAUACAUCUGUGGGCUGAUGAACUAUGUUAAAAAAAAUGACUAUCUGAACCAUGCAGUUGCACGGAAACAUGACAAAAGACUACACAAUUUCUUUAUUUGAUAAAGAAAGGGUGUAAACCUUGCUUCCGAUGGGCUAUGUGUAGGGUACAUAGAAGUAAAAUAAAAUUUGUUACAAUAUAAACGAGGAAAUCGCGUGAGUUAAUGACAAUAGAGUGUACCAUUAUAUAAACAGUGGAAUAAUAAAAGUUAGAUAAGCUCGUGCAAUGUUGCUAUUA